GCAGUUGGCGUCAGUCAAACCAGUCAAGGCCACGCUGCGGAGCAUUUGAGAUAAGCUUACUGAGAACUGUACAUAGUAUUGUACAUAGUCUGUACGUUAAAAGGAAAGCAAAAAAGUAUUAGCAGACACCGCUGGGGCAUCUUCAGUCUGCAGGUAUUUGGUGUGUUGUGACACCACAUACUCGAACACAUGAAGGUCUCGAAAAAGAAGUCGUAGAGGUUGAGCUAUUUGGACCUCUAAGGCACUGUGACGCAGACUGCUCGCUGCUGAUAAUCAUGGCAUUGUUAAAGCCUCUAAUAACCCACAGUUUUGUACUCGGGAUUAUCUCCUGUCCUUUCUACAAAAAGCAAUACUCUGGUGACCUGUCUUCUUUUCUUUCUGCAGCACCUUCCGGCCAUCCAGCAAAUAAGGACAAUGAAGAGUCACGUCGGGGACGCCGCCACCACUGUGACUUCUGUGACUAUGAGACUGAUCAUACAUAUCAUCUGAAAGAACACAUCAGGGUUCAUACAGGCGAGCGGCCAUUUAAGUGCCAUUUGUGCCCUCAGAGCUUCACAAAGAAGUGUUCAUUGAAGUAUCACUUGUGUAGCCACACAGGUGAGCGACCAUAUAAAUGCCACCUAUGCCCCGAGAGUUUUUCUCAUGGUUCUACAUUGACGGGCCAUCUGCGCACCCACACAGGCAAUAGGCCGUUUAAGUGCCACCACUGCGAAAAGAGUUUCUCACUUGGGAGAACACUGAAGGAUCACCUGCGCACACAUACAGGCGAGCGUCCAUUUAAAUGCCACCAGUGCCGAAAGAGCUUCUCACAUAGAUCUACAUUGAAGGGUCACCUGCGCACACACACAGGCGAGCGGCCAUUUAAGUGCCACUUAUGCCCCGAGACAUUUAUGCGGAAAAUCAGCCUCACUGGACAUCUGCGCAAACAUGAAUGCAAGUGACCAUAUUAACCAGCUCUGCUAACCCAGUUGUUUUAUAAAGCCACAUUUUGUUAGUUCUUUCCAGUGUGUUCUGACUGCACAAAGUUGUGCCAAAUGUUAAAAGUGUACGUCUAUUAUUUAUAGUGACUUCACUGUUUCCAUUAGAGCCUCGUUAUGGAUGCAGUAAAAUUUGGUAACUAUGUUAGAUUACAUUACAGUGAAGCUAUGUACGGUUGGGAGAUUUGUCCAUUUGUGUGCAAAGCCCAUAGUAUGUGUGCCGCAGAAAUUGGGCAAACCGCACUACUUGCCACCGGUCCAGUAAAUAUAACCAGUCAUAUAUGCCUUAUGUUACAAACCAGAGGAAAAUUUAUGUUCAUAAUGAUGAGCGAGCGCACCUUUGCAUUGUCUAAUGCACAUCUUUUGUACAAGCCAUGCCACUCACUUGCACACACUUGAAGAUGCGGUACUAUUUACCACCAAGGUCACCGCCAUGUCUGAAUUGGAAAUCUGCUUGCAUGUCCUAUGGAAUUCUGGUUCUUGAUAUUUGGUGUCUCACUAGGUUAUUUCAGUGUUCUGCAAUAAGACAGCCACCUAUAUGAACAUUCCUUUAACGAAGAGAUGUCAGUGUGGGUGUCGCCAGAACACAUUAGUAGGUGUAGUUUUUCUGAGGUGUUAGUGUGCUGAAUUGUAGGAAAACCCCUGCGGCAGAAGUAGAAGGAAUAUUUGAUGCCAUGCUAUAUUUCCAAGCUGAGCAAUGUCUCAAGUUUAUACGAACAUCAACAGCGUGGAUACACAGACGCCAGUUCCCGAUUCAUUAAGCCAGUGGUAUCUUUUUCUUCUUUCUCAACCAUUCUUUUCAAAAUAAUUUUCAAUUUAACAUCAGAGCACUGACCUUCUACGUCUUAUUUUCUUGAUAUUUGUCCUAUGUAUUCUCCAUGAAAGAAAAGUAAUGUUGUGGUCAAGCUUGCACUACACCACUUGAGUGAAGAUUAAACCAAAUGAACACAUAAGGAUUGUUCUCAUCAUGAUGAGCACCAUAUGGCACUCUGCUUGUGGAAAUGCUUAUUCCAUACUACAUUCCUCGAUAACACUUACUCCAGUUUAUCCAGUGAAGUUUUGAACAGUGUAUUUGUGUCGGCUUGACGAUUUAAAGUGCACUCAUUAUAUUCUCGUGUACAGACUCUAGACUCCGGUAGUGUUUAGACUGCUCUGAUACAUUCCUUGGCAAAUUUUGACAUUGACUGGUCAAUAUCUUGACACUUCCGUGACCUUCUUAGAUACCCUUGCAUGUAUAUCAUGUUUUUCUUUUUCUUAUUUUUUCGUAGUGUAGAUGGUAACUUUGUGGUAGGAAGUAAACAUUUAUUUGCUGAAAUAGUGUGCCGUUACAGAAUGUGUGGAUGUACCUCCUCCGUCAAAAAAAAAUUAGGCCAAAUAUAAGAGAAUCGUUUUCAAGUUCUGGAGAAUUGUAGUUACUGGAAAGCUGACGGCGGUAGGGUGUAGUGCCUAUUUUCCUCUCUGGCAUGUGAAGCAUUGCAAAUGCUGCGAAAUUUCGAUGAGACUUCUCUUAUUCAGCUUCUAUCAUUGACAUAGUAACUUUUGUUUGAUGAGACAUGGUGCAUGCAGGUUCUCUAGGUGCUUGAAAUUGAAAGGUGCGUUUUACAGACCAUUCAGAAUCCUGGAAUCAUGAUUUCCUCUUAAAAACCCUUCAAUAUUAUAAGUAAUACAGCUCAUGACUAGAGUUCUAAGGUCGCCUUACUCAUUCCUACAAUUAGCGUAUCCAGACGUCGGGUGGAAGGGGGGGGGGGGCAUGUUUAAAGAAGGUUGGGGGUGGAGAAACCUACUCCCCAUUUGUUGACAUUUUGUAUGCGUAUAUGCAUAAUUGUGCACAUGAAAACACUAGCACCAAUUCACACAGGGGGGUAUCAUCCUACUGCUCAUUUAACUUCCCCGCCGAUUAGCAUUCUUUCUCCUCCAACACUUGAUCUCUUGGCUCAUGUUAUGGAGACUAAUCGUGAAAGCCUCCUACGCUUCUGACACUUAUUUCGUUUUGUAUAUUGCAUUCUCUCUCUUUUUUGUCAAACAAUCAGUGCACAAAAGUGAAGUUGAAUUCACUCGUACCUAUGUUUGUUUGUGAAAUGCUCCAUAAAGCUUAGGGGGGACAUGGUGUGUGGAGAUAUUUUCUGUAUCUUAUGUCCAAACCUGAUGAAAUUAAAUAGACUUCUUUGGUUUUUCAUGCUGAUUUCAAAUAUACAAUAAUUUUUCUUGUAAGCAAACUGGUUUAUGAGAUACACAAAGCUGCCUCUCUAUUGUUUCCGGAGACAAUAGGAGAAAAGCCGCUCAGCAGAAAGUGAAUAUUAUCGGAUAGCUAGAUACUAUGUGCAAUAAGUGCAACGCUGCAAGCAGUUUUCAGAUCGGAUCAUAACUAGUCAUUCUGCAGAUGAUCAAAAUUCAGUGUUUGUACCAUGACUACCAUGAAGAAAAAACAAAAUCAAUUUUAAAAAAUCUAUGAGCAGAAAACUAGAAUUCUCCUCUCAGCACUUUGUGAUACACAGCUUGGGCUUUAUGUUAAAAGAGUAAUUACAGCUCUAGCCGUUCUAGAUCAUGAGAUAUCACUCCGACAAGCUAAAUAAAUGACCCAAAAACAUUUAACGUUCAGCUCGUACUCGUUGCACAGAUCUAAACUGCAGAUGAAAUACUGAUCUUAUAAGACUUCUCUUAGGCUUUACAUGCGAAAUAAUAGCUGUAGAUGUCAAUAAUAUAAUUUAAAAAACACUUUUUUCUUUGAUGAUUUUUUGGUCUCCACAAGCCAUGUCCCCCCUUAAGAACUCAUGAACAUCAAGUAUUGUACGAGAAAGUCCCAGCUAGGCUGGAUAUUUCCUACAUAAUAUUUUUUUCUCCACAUUACAGUAAAUUCAGUAAAAGUGUCUCUACUGUUCUUGAAGUGUUAAUGCAGUAAAGAAGCGUGACAUGGAAUUGAUGAGGUCUUAAUAGUCUUCGAUUACCAAUGAAUUUUUGUUCCUGAAAUCUGCACAAGCACUCUGAAGAGCACUGCAUUUGGUAAUUUGACUUGAUGCUGGCAUGAAUGUCUAUUUUAGAUAACACUUUAAUUGCGCUUUAUGUGUGUCUAGAUCAUGUCGCUAGUUUUGGAACGUUACAUUUGUAGCCUGGCUGUGUGCCAUGUGUGGACUGUGUGAUGUUAAAUCUCAGUAUCGGUCACAUCGUUAUUACUUUUCCUGCAUCUGUGUAGCUGGUGCCUUCUAUGAUGUCUGGUAUGCGAUGAAAUGUUAUCUUUCUGUAUUGUGUUCAUACUUUCGUUACCUCUACGCUCUGUACAUUCAUGUUUCUUGUUUUGCUUUUUUUAACUUCUUUCUUAGAAAUGUUUCUUCGCAACAAUUAAGCUUGUUGCCAUGUUUAAAGAAAUCGGUUGUAUAUAACUAUGUUUCUGUGCACUAAAUAAACUUCCAUCUUUCUUUUAUGUCCAUUAAUUAUUUCUUCAUAAUAUUUCAAUCUUGGCACUAAUAACAUGUCAAAUAAGUUGAAUUUCAUUGUAUUGAAUGCUCUAAAAGAAGUUGAGUGAUGGCUCUUCUGUGCUAAUUUAUUUUUGCAAUAGAAUUUAGUUAUAGAAAAUUUUCAUUAUAAAUAAUAAUGAUGGAACCGCGGUAAUCCAUCUGCUUACAUAAUCUGCUCGUCAGUCCGAAUAUGGUUUUGGAAGUGCUGUUCACUGGCAUCAACUUUCUUGUUCCUUUUCUGUUAUGAUGCACAUCUCUGAGAACUGUACAAAUGGUUUAAUUUGAACAUUUGGAAAGCACCUAAUUUAAACUUCGAACCUGAAAUUCACUAUU